UCCCACACGGCGCCGCCGGAGCGCUGCUCUCUUGCUUCCCCGUUGCUGCUCCCGGUUACGCCAGCCUGCCAGCCUUGCCUGCCUGCCUGCCUGCUGCUGCUGCCUCUCGCCCUCUGCCUUCGCCUCCGAUUCUGCGCACAGGAGAAAGCCCAAAGCCUGUCAUUCUUCGCGGCGGCACAGUUGUUGUCGGGUGCUUUUUUUUUUCCUCCCCUCCGCUCGGGUCGGGCGAGCGAGUGGUGGGGGGGACAAACACCCCCACGCGCACGCAGCCCCCCCUCUCCACGCCAGCCAGCCCACGCAGAGCCAGCGAGGAGGAGAAGCGGCGCGCAGGAGCCCCGCUGCCCACCCACCCCCGCCAGCCCAGCAUGGCUUCGGGGGACCUUUACGAGGUUGAAAGGAUUGUAGACAAAAGGAAGAAUAAAAAGGGGAAAUGGGAAUAUCUCAUACGGUGGAAAGGUUAUGGAAGCAAUGAAGACACAUGGGAACCAGAGCAUCACUUAUUGCACUGUGAGGAAUUCAUUGAUGAAUUCAACGGACUGCACGUCACGAGGGAAAAGCGCACUAAACACGGGAAACAAGCCAACGUGCCCAAAUUUUUACGAGAAAGCCGGGGGUCAUCCCUGGACAAAAUAACUCACAGACCCUCAGACUCUGGGAAAAGCAAAGGACUCUCCCAUAAAAGGAAGCGUAUGACCCCCACCUUUCAAAAACAAAAAAAAAGCUAUGGCGCGAAAGCGGCCUCUUCCAACGACAGAGCUGCUAAAACCGUAUCGUACCGGACUACGCCUAGUGGCUUGCAAAUCAUGCCUCUGAAAAAGCCACACAACGGCUUGCCGAAUGGAGAUGCCCCUUUCGAGAAGGAUUCUGCCCACUUGGGGAAUGGCUCUCAAAAGGCCAACGAGGAUCUGAAUGAACCUGAAGGAGAAGCCAAUUUGCCCGGCGUUCUUGAAGUGAACAACGAGGCACCCAUCAUGAAUGGUAUCGGUUCCUCUCUUGCAAAUGGAGGCCUGAAUCUUCAUACCACUGUGAAACGGAAACUGGAGAGUGAAAAGGGUUACGUCUUCGAUAAGAGACUCAGGUACAGCGUGCGUCAAAAUGAAAGCAACUGUCGGUUUAGAGACAUUGUUGUACGCAAAGAAGAUGGAUUCACACACAUCCUCCUGUCCAGUCAGACCUCAGAUAACAAUGCACUGACUCCAGAGAUUAUGAAGGAGGUCCGGAGAGCUCUUUGUAACGCGUCCGCUGAUGAUAGCAAACUCCUGCUGCUCAGUGCCGUAGGCAGUGUGUUUUGUAGCGGCUUGGACUAUUCCUACCUAAUUGGAAGGUUAUCCAGCGACAGAAGAAAAGAAAGCACCCGGAUCGCUGAGGCUAUAAGGGAUUUUGUGAAAGCCUUUAUUCAGUUUAAGAAGCCCAUUGUGGUUGCCAUCAAUGGCCCUGCUCUAGGCUUGGGAGCAUCAAUUUUACCACUCUGCGACAUUGUGUGGGCAAGUGAAAAGGCCUGGUUCCAAACGCCCUAUGCAACCAUUCGGCUCACUCCAGCAGGCUGCUCAUCGUACACAUUUCCACAGAUAUUGGGCGUGGCUCUGGCCAAUGAGAUGCUGUUUUGCGGAAGGAAGCUGACAGCGCAAGAGGCUUGCAGCAGAGGACUUGUCUCCCAAGUCUUUUGGCCCACCACAUUUGGGCAGGAAGUGAUGCUGAGGGUAAAAGAAAUGGCAUCCUGCAGUGCAGUGGUUUUAGAAGAAUCGAAAUGCCUGGUUCGGAGUUUUCUGAAAUCUGGCCUUGAAGACGUGAACGAGAAAGAAUGUCAGAUGUUAAAGCAGCUCUGGAGCUCUUCCAAAGGACUAGAUUCAUUGUUCAGCUAUCUCCAAGACAAGAUCUAUGAAGUUUGACAUUGUCAAAAAGGAAAAAAAGCGGGGGGAAUGUUCUGAGAUCAAAGAGAUUUCAGAUGUCUCCGGGUUUGAGAAGAAUCGCAUGAA